AAUGCCGCAAACACGGAAUAGGCCUCUGGAGUUGCCACGAAGAAAUGUGCCAUAUCUCCGGCCAAUUCCAGCUUCCGGCUGGAACGAAUUGUCGCAGCGCUUUACUCUGCGGCCCGUAGUCCGGAUAUUCGAUCAAGUGACGCAUCGCUGUGCCCUCAGCGUCACCCUGUCCAGAACGUUGUUUGGAAGCUGGAUAUCACGCCUUAUUUUCGUUAAGGAGGAUAUCAACUGGGACCGCACCUGCAGCAGCACAAAGCAACCCCGUCGACGCCGUGCGGUAUGCAUCAACCGCCAACAUGAGCACCGGCGCUGCAGGGUCCGAAGAUCCUUCAGGCCGCCCCUCUCCGCAUCGGUCGAUCCAUCCGGCGGUGGCGUAUGCCAACCGUCGGAGUGAACACACCCCGAUAGAUCGUCGAGAGCGCGCUAAAGCGCAGC